CUUGCUUAUGCUUGUACGACGUCAAGAUUAGAAGAUACAAAUACAAUAGAAGUGUGCCCUUCGUGGGUAUCACCGUCAAUCAUGGAUCGCACACAGUUAGAGAUUUUUGUUCGGGCGCUGUCCCGCCUUUUGGGAUGGACAUAUAUGGCCAGCUGGUCUUUGUCCUUCUUCCCUCUACCCAUCUCAAUGUGGCGCCGGAAGUCCACGUCGGGAGUCUCGAUCGACUUCAACUUCAUUAACCUGCUCGGGUUCACUUGCUAUGCUAUUUACACUGCGACUUUUCUUUGCUCCCCGGUGAUCCGGAGUCAAUAUGCAGCGAGGCACCCUGCCGCUGCCGAGCCCACCGUUCGCUUGAAUGAUUUAGCAUUUGCGGCACUUGGGGUGAUCAUGUGCCUCGUUGCAUAUUCCAUGUUUUGGCCUAGUAUUUGGGGUCUGCAUACUCCUCGCCGCCAACAUGUGAGCUGGACUAUGAGGGGCCUGUUCAGUUGCUGCAUAUUGGCGCCCUUGGUGGUGAUCUGCGUGGUCUUGGCUCGUAGCCGCGACGGAAGAAAUGACCCAUUGUCGUGGGCUUGGAUCGAUGUGAUUUACACUUUCUCAUACGAUAAACUUGUCAUUACGACGUUCAAGUAUGUCCCACAGGCUUGGAUGAACUACCGGCGGCAAUCGACGGUGGGAUGGAACAUUUGGACCAUUAUCCUGGACCUCGUCGGCGGUAUUUUGUCACUACUGCAACUGGUCCUUGACUCUAGCCUUCAAAGUGACUGGAGUGGCAUCACGGGAAAUCCCGCGAAGCUACUGCUCAGCAACAUCACUAUCUUCUUCGACCUUAUUUUUAUCAUUCAACACUACAUUCUGUACCGGGACGCCCCGGAUCCCAAGGCACAGCCCGGGCCCGAUUCGACCACACCUUUACUCGACGAAUCCAAUCCCUAGGCUGAGACGGGUCGAUCAAUUGAUUCGGUGGACCAAGAGAAUCAAGAACGAGCGAAAGUGAUAGACGGGGAGGGGCCGAAUUAGAAACAUGAUGUGAGGAGAAGCACUAUUUUAUAGACCUGUCUUUCGGCAUUUGCAAUGCCCCAUGUCUUCAUAGAACUAUCGGGAUCGGUCCCAGAUCAUAGCUUUGAGACAAUGAAGGGGGUUCAGACUUUUCGGGUGAACCCAACUGUUGGUUUUUCUAUUGGUGCUCGUCGCUCGUUCAUUACGCUGUCUGCCGUGCGCGGCAUUCGUGACAUCUCGCUUCCUUAUCCACCUCAUUCGUAGGGUGA